AUGGACAGAACCUUGGAAUCCCUGAGACACAUCAUUGCCCAAGUCUUGCCUCACAGAGACCCGGCUCUGGUCUUCAAAGACUUGAAUGUUGUGUCAAUGUUACAGGAAUUUUGGGAAAGCAAGCAGCAGCAGAGGGCUGCAUUCCCGAGUGAAGGUGUGGUGGUCUAUGAGUCGCUGCCAUCUCCUGGGCCACCCUACGUGAGUUAUGUGACCCUCCCAGGGGGAAGCUGUUUUGGCAAUUUUCAGUGCUGCUUAAGUAGAGCUGAGGCCAGGCGGGAUGCAGCUAAAGUGGCCCUAAUCAACUCCCUCUUCAACGAGCUGCCCUCUCGCCGAAUCACCAAGGAAUUCAUUAUGGAGAGUGUGCAGGAAGCAGUUGCCUCCACCAGUGGCACUUUGGAUGAUGCAGACGACCCAAGCACCAGCGUCGGAGCCUAUCACUACAUGCUGGAGUCAAACAUGGGGAAGACCAUGCUGGAGUUUCAGGAGCUUAUGACCAUUUUCCAACUAUUGCACUGGAACGGAAGCCUCAAAGCCCUUCGUGAAACAAAAUGUUCCCGACAGGAAGUCAUCUCCUACUAUUCCCAGUACUCCCUGGAUGAGAAGAUGCGCAGCCACAUGGCGCUAGACUGGAUCAUGAAGGAGCGGGAGUCGCCGGGAAUCCUCUCCCAAGAGCUGCGAAUGGCCCUGAGGGAGCUGGAGGAAGCCAGGAAAGCAGGACAAGAACUACGGUUUUACAAAGAGAAGAAAGAGAUCCUGAGUUUAGCCCUGACGCAGAUCUACAGUGAUCCUGACGCUUCUUCACCCAGUGAUGAUCAGCUGAGCCUCACGGCCCUUUGCGGCUAUCACUAG